UUCGAUCGCGUAAGUUGUGUGUGAAGUGUCUAGUAUGAGCUCGUAAAACUUUCAUACGAAAUAAAUAAAAUUAUUUACUAUAGUUAUGGAGUUGUUUAGUGAUGUGCUAAUAGUGUGAUAAUGUGAAUGGAAAGUUAAUAAAGUUUGCAGAAACUUUGUGAACGAUAAUAUUGCCGUUCGAGACACUGAUUACGUAUGACGAAACAUGGGGAGCGUCGGCAACAAUACCACAUUAUAUGACGAACUUCUCGAUCCACGGGAGCUCACCCUUCAAAGAAAAUUCAGUAACAUAUUGAUGAUCACAGACGCAUGGCCCGUGGAGAAGUGUUUGGAGUUCAACUUGAUAAACAAUACAUCGAACGAGGAGUUUAUGAACAAGGUCUUCGUAUAUAAUGGCACGGAGAUUAUGUGUUUAGAACACGCCCCUAUAUUAACGCCGAGCACCAUAAUGAGAGCGAGCGUCCUUUCUGUAAUGGCUCUGUUAUCUUUCUUGGGAAACUUCGCUACGAUGAUAAGCGUACAAAGAGGAAAGCGCUGUCGGAGGCGGGCUAGGCCGUCAUGGACUGCUAUAUACAGCCUUAUCUUCCAGCUUAGUGUGGCUGACUUGCUUGUCACUGUGUUUUGUAUAGCGGGGGAAGCGGGGUGGUCGUUUUCAGUGCAGUGGUAUGCAGGGAAUGUGGGAUGUAAACUGUUUAAGUUCUUACAAAUGUUUGCACUGUACUUGAGUACAUUUAUACUGGUUCUGAUUGGUGUAGAUAGAUGGCUAGCGGUCAAAUAUCCUAUGAAGAGUAUGGCAACUGCAACAAGAAGUACCAGACUAGUUAUUGUUGCGUGGAUCUUAAGCUUCCUAUUAAGUUUACCUCAGACAAUAGUAUUCCGUGUAGCCAAGGGUCCAUUUGUAGAAGAGUUCUACCAAUGUGUGACACACGGCUUCUAUACAGAGAGAUGGCAGGAGCAAGCAUAUACCACAUUGUCUUUGGUGUUCAUGUUUCUACUUCCCUUGCUCAUACUUAUGUCGACGUAUGUGUCUACUGUUAGAACUAUUGCCAAAAGCGAGAAAGUAUUUCAACCGGAGACUCGUCGGGAAAAAUAUCUAACGCCAGAUAUGAACAGGAGAAGACUUAUCGAUAGAGCCAAGAUGAAAUCUCUGAGGAUGUCAAUAGUUAUCGUCGCCGCUUUUAUAAUAUGGUGGACUCCUUACUACGUUAUGAUGAUUAUAUUCACAUUUUUAAAUCCUGAUAAAGGUCUCAGCGAAGAUUUGUUAUCGGGGAUAUUUUUCUUUGGAAUGUCGAAUAGUCUAGUCAACCCCGUUAUUUAUGGAGCUUUCCACUUGUGGCCGAGAAAACGUUCCCGUAAUAGUGAUAAAGAAUCCGGUGGUCACCAUGCCUCCAUUUUCCGUCGUGGCGAACAAACUUCUUCAGUAAGACUCACCACGAUCCGAUCUCUACGUUCCUCAGCGAAAUAUACAAACGGACAGAACGUCAGUCUUUUAUAACAAAACGUUAAUAAGCCACGUGUUGAUCAAUGGACAAUUCGCGAAGAAAGCAAGGAAUGUUCAUAGUGUUUGUAAAUAUUAAUUUAUUCCGUGAUUUGUGCAUAGAAUAUUAUAGUUAUGUGUGUGUGUGUUUAGUAUUAGUGUUUUAUACGUUAGUAUAUUGUUACCUAUGAUAACAUAUUAUUAUCUAUGUGAAUAUUAAUAAAAAACGAUAAAUGUAAAUAAAAAAAGUAGAAGCCAAGAAGCACGAAAAUCAUACAUUUGUUUAAAACCAUCUUUUAUAAUAUCAUAAAAGUACUUAAACAUAAUAAUUGAGGUUAACUAUUGAAUAAUUCAAAUUACUUUCUUAAAAUCAACAAAUACGUAAUUUAUUGAAUAAUUCUAAGAAAGUUGAGAUACGAUAAAUAAAAACACUGAUUAUACUGAUAUUUAAAACAGAAGAUGACUUGCGGAAAAUAACCCUGUAGAAGAAAAUAUGUAACUAAAUGUUAUCAAUGUAUUUAUAACUAAAAAUAAUGAUGGAAAAAUCUUGUCCUAGAAAUAAUUGUAAAGAUUAUAAAUUAUUAAAUUUUAAUGUUAGUUUAUUAACAGUUUUGAUAAUGUCGAUUGUUGCUAUGCCUAAAUGUAUGCGAUUUUGUAAAUAAUAUGUUUAAUGUAUAUAGGAAGGUAAUUAUUGUAAAUUAACAUG